UGUUUGCGACAAUGGCAUUUAGGCUGUUCCUGUUAUUUGCUCUUCUUAUGGACAACACAGGGUUCAGUGCUGAGAGCUCUGUGUUUGUGCAGACAGGUGCUUCUGUUCAACUGGAUAUACAGACACAAGAACUACCAGAGUUUUAUUUUUUAUCCUGGAGUAAUUAUAAAUCAGAGAAUAUAGUUACAUAUAUAAAUGUAACUAAAGAAGUAAUACCUCACCUUUUCUACAAGGACAGAGUGGAUUUCAAUAAAACAACCUUUUCUCUGACACUGAAGAACAUGCAGAAGACAGACAGUGGACUCUACAGAGCAAAAACAAGUGGACAAUCAGACAACAAUAUUGUUACAUACAGAGUAUCUGUUAUGGAUGAAGUGGAAGGUCCGGUCCUGGCUAUAAACUCAAGCUGGUCCAGUCCUGACCCCUGUAGCUUUACAUGUAAAGGAAGUAACAUUUUUAUCAGCUCCAUCUAUAAUGGUAGCAGCUGUUCACAAGAGGAAGUGGUAUCAGCUGAUAAUCACACUCUAAGACUGAACUGCAGUGGUGACUCCAUCAUGUGUAACUACAGAAACCCAGUGAGCUCGAUGACUCAAGUAAAGAAGGUUAAUGAACUCUGCAUUGUUAAGCAAGGAACACAUGAAAAAGCGUCAGCGUUUCCACCUUGGAUCAUUGUUUCUAUUUGUCUAUUCACAUUGACAUUGGCGGCAGUGAUCAGCUUUUGUAUUUACAAAGGGAAAAAAGGUGCCCAGAAGAAUGAACAAACAAUCUAUGCAAAAUUUGAUGAGAACAUCAAGCCACAAAAGUCGCUGGAGAUGUUGGAGAAAUCAGAGAAUCCUCAUACAGUGUAUACUACUGCAAGAGAUUUAGGACAAACUGAUGUUACCAACCACACCACACCCAACGACGACCCUAUGAAUCAGAGUGCAUUACUCAAAGAGAGGAGCAAACCAAAUGCACCAGUCACUAUCUACUGUACCAUUCAGCAGCAACCAAAAUCCCCCAAAACUGAAACUAAUCACACCAUUUAUGCUGUAGUCAAUAAACCGUCAGCCGGAUAUGAAUCUGCACAUCCACAAUCAGAGUAAAAGUGAACUUUCAAUAAAAACCCUAAACCCUUACAGUGAUUAAAAGUGAUAAAGGACUUCAUGUGUUCAGGAAGGCAGUGUUAUUCUCAGUGUAAAUAAGCAACAUAUUUACCAUGUGCAGUGUGCUCCUAUUGUAGUUGAUUUAGGGUGUGUUAAAGAUAUUUAAAUACGUAAAUUCUGUCUUUUUUUAAAGCAGCAGUGAAUGUAUUUUUAUUGUAAAAUUGUUGUACAUGUGGCUCAGACAGGAAUGCAAAAUCUCAUGUGGAUUCAGUAGAUUUCUAUUGGCGAUACCUCACCGCCUUUGCAGGCAACGCCUGAAAACCACUUCCUGGAAAGUAUUUGUCAGUCUUUAGGUUUAUUGAAGGGUCACCAGGGCUGGGGAAUAACGAAAUACAUGU